ACGCUCGCAAUUUUUUUUUUUUUUUCUUUCCUGUUUUAUUCUCUUCGAUAAACGGAUAAUAAAAUAUCAAAGAACGAGAACGGCGGCCCCUUUGCCCAAGUACUGAUCGUCGACGACGAUCCCAUCUGAAUUCUUUCGCCGGAAUUAAUCGAGGCGGUCCGGCCACUCUGCCACUCAUCGACGAUGGCGGAGGACUCAACUAACUCUUUCGUCUCCCCAGAAGAUCGCAUAAAAGCCCUCAUUUCUUGUCCUUCCGCGAGUACGAAAUCCGGGGCCGAAAACGAAUCUGUAGAAGGUGGAUUUGAUGAAAAUCAGUCGCUGAAAGACGACAACCCUUCUUCUAUCUGUGUAAUUUGCUUUUCCGAUGAUGGAAAAGCGGAGAGAGGUAAGCUUGAUUCCUGUGACCAUUAUUUUUGCUACGUCUGCAUCAUGGAGUGGGCGAGGAUUGAAUCUAGAUGCCCUGCUUGCAAGGGCAGGUUCACUGUUAUUCAUAGAAUUGCGAAGGAUGGCUGUCGUCUCCGUGAACGAAUUGUUGAUAUUCCAAUGCGGAAUCAGGAUCACUCUGCUUCUGGAAAUACUACGAUUAGGGAUCCGUAUGCAGAAACAUGUUGUACUGUGUGCAGGAGUAUGGAAGAUGAAGGUCUCAUGUUACUCUGUGAUCUCUGUGAUUCAGCUGCUCAUACUUAUUGUGCUGGUCUUGGUGCUAAUGUACCUGAAGGUGAUUGGUUUUGCCAUGAUUGCACUAUCUCCAGGGCUCGACAUACUGAUCCUGAAUUGGAUACUAGUUUCAACGAUCAAAAUCAAACAGCAACAGUUGAACCACACAUUGCCAUUUCCGUUAUAGUAAAAGAACCAAGUGCUCAAACAGUUGCCAUAACUCGCAGAAGUGCUCUUUUACAUUCAAAUCGUGAGCCACCUUCUGCUGUCCCCAGUUCAAGAAGCAGUGUGGCCCAUAAAUCAUUGCCUAGUCGUGGUGGUAAAGCUGCGGGGACAAGUGCAAGAACAUUACGUCGCUGUCGGAACAUCCAUAGCCAUAUAAGGGCAUUACGUGAUAAUUGGGAUGCUUUACAAAGAGGGUCACUGAACUUUCCUGCUAGCAGCUCAUCGACAUAUUACAGCAACACUUCCAAACAAAAUACUCGUGCUGCACUAAACAACCAAACAGGUCAACCCCACUUUUCCACAGGCAUUAGCUUGCAGGCGACCUCUGGACCUGUGUGUAAUGGAAUCUCUUAUGAUGUUGAGAAGGCAUGGCGGAUGAUGGAAAGUGCAAAGGCAGAGGCUAUAUGUGCGGGAGAUCAAACCUUGAGACAUCCUGCUAAGAGACAAAUGAGCACAAAAACGGAAGAUUCUCGUACAACGAAAGGUCAACAGUACAAAAUCAAGAAGCCAAAUGAGCCAGCCAAGCAUAAAAAGGAAAUGGGAAAACAAAGAUUGCUCGAGUUGGAUAAGCUAAUGUGUCAUCCAGUAGCAAGUAAGAAGUAUAAAGCUUCUGAUGAGUUUUUUCCUACAAAUUCAUCCAGUUAUGGAGAAUCUUCCUUGGUUAAUAUGGUUCACACUUGUCGAGAUGAUUUCAACUAUGAAAACAGAAGAAAGCCAUCAAACAAAAUGGUGGAUGAACUUUCAUCAUCCUCCACAAUGACACAAGCCUCGGAAAAACGCCAUCCCACUCAGGAGGCUGGCAAUGAUCACGAUUCCAAAAGUGAGAUACGAACACUGGUCAAGAUCAAUCUAAAACUCCUAAGCCGAGGCAAAAAUUUGGGAUAUGAAGGAUACAAGGAAGUGGCAAGGCUUGCAACACACACAAUCAUGGCAGGAUGUGGUUUAGAACCCCCUCCAAGACCGAGCAAGCGAUUCUUAUCGUGCUCGGUUUGUAGACAUACACAAGAAGAAAUCCAACGGCUUCACAGGUCCACUCUGAUGCCAAAUUCUUGCAGGGAAUGCUUCCUGGCGUUUGUGAAGGAUGUUGUUAAUGCCAUAAUGUUAGAAAAACUAGUGGUGGGUUCUUCUUCCUAAGCUGUAAAGAAACUAAAUUAUGUGUAUUAUUUACCAGAAGAGUCGGGAGAGGACAGAAUAAAAGCAGAGAGUUGAAAAUUAGUCGGGUUAGAGGUAGAAGAAGGCCCAUUUUGAUUGACUUUUCAAGUGUUUAUAAACACGUUUUUGGUUCUUAGAAACACUUAUUUAAAUACUUAGAAAGUUAAUCUAGCACGCCUGGAAAAAAAGAAAAAAGAAAGGAGAAAGGGGUGUUGAGUGAGGGAUUUGUUGGAACAUGUGGUGGGGCUAAGGGCUGAUGUGAAAAUGCUUUGUGCUUUGCUGUGGAGUCUCUGUGAAAGCACUUCAGAAAAGCGCUUUGCGACAAUAUCACGUGACUUUCAAGAACGUCAGCAGAAGUGGACUUGGCCAUUGUUUUUUUGUUGGUACUCUUGUAUUUCUUCUCUUCACACUUUGAAUUUUUCUUCGUAAAUAAUUAUUAUUAUCAUUAUUAGUUUAGUAUUUCAA